GUUUGCUGUCACUGCUUGAGGACAACUUGAACUACAAAGUGGAGCAAAUAAACUAUUCCAAAUGGAGCUUUGAUUUUUUUUCCCUUCUACAUACAAACAUAACUUUUCUGCGUGAUAUUUCGAGUUUGCUACUAACCACAACUUUAACUGGCUCAAGUGCUUGUUUUAUUACACUGAGGCUUUUAAAUACAUUUAAUUUGUGUUGACUCUGCUUGUAGUCUAUUUUAAAUACAGCUUACUGCUUCACAUUCUUCAGUAGAAUUUUGCUUUUAGCAUAACUUUUUUUCAUUUGCGCAAGACUAAACACAUUAAGAUGUUGUUAUGCUUUAACGAUAGUUAACACCUUUUUGUAAGGUAUUUGUAUUAUUUAUUUUUUUUUUUCACUGAGCUGUUUAUUUUUGGGUGAGCACACUUUGGUUAACUUUGGUCUAAUCCUACACAUUACUUGUUCUAUUAAAACAAAGUCUUGAGGAUGCAGCUGUUUUUCUUUGGUGCAGUCUUGCUUUCUUUUUAUGAUAUUGGUAAAGCUGAGCCGGGACCGAAGUGCCCAGCGCGCUGUGAUGUGAGCAAAUGCCCCAGCCCCAGUUGCCCAAGCGGCUAUGUGCCUGACCGCUGUAACUGCUGCCUGGUGUGUGCGCACGGCGAGGGGGACCCUUGCGGGCGCAAAGAUGACUUACCCUGCGGAGACGGACUAGAGUGCAAGCACCCGACAGGCAAGCGCUUCGCGAAAGGUGUCUGUCAAUGCAAACUAGGCUACAAGGUGUGUGGCAGCGACGGCAAGACUUACCGCAAUGUUUGCCAGCUUAAAGCUAAGAGCAGGAAAGCGCUUCAGCAAGGACUGCCCACUAUUAUCCAGGCUCAGAAAGGCGCUUGCGAAUCAGGUCCCCAACACCCCAACAGUCCAAGAUUCAAGUUUAACUUCAUUGCAGAUGUCGUUGAGAAGAUUGCACCUGCAGUUGUGCAUAUUGAGCUCUUCUUAAGACAUCCACUGUUUGGGCGCAAUGUCCCUUUGUCCAGUGGUUCAGGAUUUAUUAUGUCUGAGACUGGCCUGAUUGUGACAAACGCCCACGUCGUAUCAAGCACAAGCACAAGCACAAGUGCAGGUCGACAGCAGCUGAAAGUGCAACUACACAACGGUGAUACUUACGAGGCCACGAUCAAAGACAUUGACAAGAAGUCAGACAUAGCAACGAUAAAGGUUAACCCUCAGAAAAAGCUGCAGGUGUUGUUGCUGGGCCUCUCUUCUGACCUCAGGCCUGGAGAAUUUGUUGUUGCUAUAGGGAGCCCCUUUGCUUUGCAAAACACAGUAACUACUGGGAUUGUCAGCACGGCUCAGAGAGAUGGGAAAGAGCUGGGCCUCAGGGACUCCGAUAUGGACUACAUUCAGACAGAUGCUAUUAUCAAUUAUGGGAAUUCAGGAGGCCCUCUUGUAAAUCUGGAUGGGGAGGUGAUUGGUAUCAAUACCUUAAAGGUGGCUGCUGGAAUCUCAUUUGCUAUUCCUUCUGAUCGAAUCACACAGUUCCUCAACGAGUCUCAUGACAAACACAGCAAAGUACAGCAAAGUCUAUUAAGGAGCUAUUACCAUAUUCCACAAUCUCAGACAUUGGUCUCUCAUACAGAGGUUAAAGCUGUGAAGAAGCGUUUCAUUGGCAUACGAAUGCUUACUAUUACCCCUGCCCUGGUUGAAGAACUGAAGCAGCAGAAUGCAGAUUUCCCUGAUGUCAGCACUGGCAUCUACGUGCUUGAAGUCGUUCCAAACUCCCCAGCUCAAAAAGGUGGAAUCAAAGACGGGGACAUCAUUGUCAAACUAAACGGACGGCCUUUGUCGACAACCAGCGAGUUGCUGGAAGCUGUGAUAAAUGAAUCCGCGUUGCUGCUGGAGGUUCGCAGAGGGAAUGAUGACUUGCUCUUCAACAUUGAACCUGAUGUCAUAAUGCAGUGAAACUGGACUACAGCCAUUUUGAACUGUGAACAUGGUCCUUCAAAUGAGGGUGUUUACCUGGCUAUAUUUCAGCGAGUCAGUGUGACUGUGCUGGAACUCACUGUUCCCAAUUACUGCAGGACUGGCUACAAAUAUAGUAGCAUACUGAACCAGUAAUGAUAUUUACAAAAUUGAAGUUGUUUAAUGUAGUUUCCAUUUAGAAUUUUCAUCAGCACCCUUUUUGCACACAAUACUGUAUGAAAACCAACAGGUGUUUUGAGUUAAAAUACAGAUAUAUCAUCUUGGUGUACAGUACUUCAGAGGGAGUGCACAGCGUAUUGAUUUCUCUAUAUUCGACAUUUCAAGGAAACAACCUCAGUUCUAUAAGUUAAUAUGGAAAAUAAAAUGACAUUGGUUCCGGAAACCUAAGCAUAUAUAGCAUAUAUGUUCAUAUAUAAAAGGGGUCUAUAUAUACUGUAUGUAAGGUAAAGCCAGAUGAGCUCUUGUUUAUCUUGUCAUGAAGCAAUGUGUGAACUACAGAAUAAUUCUUAUAGAAUUGAUGUCAUAGCAAUGUACAACGAUCUAUGCAACAGAAAUGUCACAAAAAAUCAAGCUGUUUGGACCUGCAGCUGCUGUAGUUGUAUAGCUGUUUGUUUUGAUUGUAUACGCUAGUUCACGUUGUUAAGGCAAGCUUUUGCUGGUGAGUAUAAUACCAUUAUACCACAAUACCAAAAACUUGUACAUGUUUUGUUGUUCUAUUAAUCAGUGCUGAAAUAAAUGUUUACAGAUACACAA